AAAGUCAUUCCGUAGUUGUAUACCUUUACCACAGUUGUCCAAGUGGUCCAACCAGGCGGAGUUAACGCUUUCUGUCUGUCUUGCAUCCCUUCAUAACACAGGCGGACAGUAAUUAAUCCAUGGCGCUGGCGGGAGUAAAAGUCAUCGAGCUGGCAGGUCUCGCUCCCGCACCGUUCUGUGGCAUGAUCCUGGCAGACUUCGGAGCCAAGGUGAUCCGUGUGGACCGAACCAAGGUUGCCACAAGUCUGGACACUCAAGCUCGUGGGAAGCGGUCUGUCGCCGUCAACCUGAAAACCGCAGAGGGCGUGGCUCUGCUCAGGAGGCUCUGUGUUAAGUCUGACGUUGUGCUCGAGCCUUAUCGGAAAGGUGUUAUGGAGAAACUUGGCCUUGGUCCGAAUGAGUUACUGACAGAAAACCCUCGUCUGAUUUAUGCUCGGUUGACGGGAUAUGGCCAGAAUGGGUGUUACGCUACAGCUGCAGGACAUGACAUCAACUACCUCGCCAUGUCAGGCCUUUUAUCCCGACUGGGUCGCAGUGGAGAGAAGCCCUACGCUCCUCUAAACCUUAUAGCAGACUUUGCUGGUGGUGGUCUCACUUGUGCUCUGGGGAUUGUCUUGGCACUGCUGGAGCGGACAAAGUCGGGGAAAGGACAGAUCAUUGACGCUAGCAUGGUGGAGGGAGCAGCGUUUACCGGUUCGUUUGUAUGGAAGUCUCGCAGCAUUGGUUUGUGGAGUCGUCCUAGAGGAGAAAAUUUGUUGGACACCGGAGCGCCUUUCUACGAUACCUACAGGACUCUGGAUGGAAAAUACGUGGCUGUGGGUGCCAUAGAACCAGAGUUUUAUAGCCAGCUGCUUAAGGGCUUAGAGUUUGAUGCUGGAGAGCUGCCUCCUCAGAUGAGCUUCAGCGAUUGGCCGGAGCUCAAGCGGCUCUUCACAGAGCGCUUCGCCUCAAAGACCCAGGCGGACUGGCUGAAGGUUUUUGACGGAACGGAUGCCUGCGUCACACCUGUGUUGUCUUUCGACGAGGUGAGCUCUCACCCUCACAACCGAGAGAGAGGCUCUUUCAUCAAGGACUCCAGCGGGGAGGAGUUCCCACGGCCGGCUCCGGUUCUGUCACGGACUCCCGCUGAGCCAUGUCUGGCUUCCAGCCCAGCAGUUGGAGAACACACGGUCGACGUCCUGCUGGACUACGGAUAUACCUCAGGGGAGAUAGACAGGAUGCUAGCAGCCGGCAUUGUGCAGUGUGAUGCUGUCAAGGCAAAGCUGUAAAAGAAGAAAUCGAUCGGUCUUUGAUGGGCAAACUGAAAAACGGAAGGCAAAUCCUGUUUUAGUAAUUUCAGUAAAGAUGAAAAUAAAAUUUCUGUGAAAAAGAAAUGCAAAACUUUAGGGAAGGAAAAUUUAAAUUAUUCAUUUCUGAGGCAGAAAUUCAAGCUUAAUGUCUAGUAUAAGAUGACAAAAACAUUGAUAUUGACUUGAUGGUGUUAAGGUCAAUGCGAUUUCCCCACAGGGUACGUAGAUACACAUCUUAUGGGUUCUAUAAGUGACUAGAAAUGUGCUUUACCUCACUUUUUAUUGCCUCUCGUGCCUUCUGUGCCAGGUAGUCCGAAAGACUAUUGGAAAGCACAGCCACACCAUUGAAAUGAAAGCAUCCUGAUGGGUAAUUCGUUACCCUGCCCAGGGUCAAAACAUGCCAAAAGAGAUUUGUGGGCCUAGCCUGAGGCACCACAAAGCAGCGACGACGCAAAUAAAUAACAACUUUUUUUUGUUGUUGUUCACUCUAAGCUGCUAGGUCUGUCAUCCUAAUGGCUGAUGUCCACUUGCUCUGGCUGCUUUGUGCAGUAAGUCUCAGUAUCAGAUCCGUUGCAGAUUUAUUGUCUUCUCAAAACCAAUUCAGAUACAGCAGUUGCCACACUAAAAAUAGGGUCAUUGUUACAAUGGAUUGUGCUGUAAUGUGGAGGAUUCAUCUCUUUUCUUGAGCAGCAGUCUGAACUGUCAGAUCUGUCGCGCACACUAUAAUUACUGCUGUAACUGCGUUCAGUUUUGCAAAAAACUAUUCAGACUUGUUUAUGUUGCCAUAGUGAUGUAAUGUUUUUCAAAUUCAAUUUUCUGAACUAUAGAAUCAAUGCUAAAUAUUAAUUGACAACACAUAGUUUAAAUAUAAUGAAAAUAUAUGUAUCCAUAUUGUACAAG